GAUUCAUCCACAGCAAGUACAGAUCAAGUCGAAAGAGGGAGUAUUCUAACUGCUGACCAUGAUGGAAUACUUAAAAGUACAAACCAUUGAGUCAGAAUGGGAAAUUUACAUGUGCGAUCCCGUGCAACUUGCAGUUCGUCUAUUCGGCGUAAGUGGUGACGUCAGGUCAUCAGGGGAAUUCCUCAACCCAAUAGGCAAAUAGCCCAAGGCGGCUUUCUGACCGGCGGUACUUAGAAUGGAGAAUAUAGUAUGGAGAACAAGGGGCGGCAAGAAAAUAUACCUAGCUGGAAUGCGGAUUAAGAGAGGCAGCCUACCUAUCCGGACGUAGGACAAUGAUCGAACUGGUAGAUAAUGACGUACUUUACUCGUUCAUAUGAUACACACUUCAGCUUACCAAGGUCGGUCCUUGUGGAUAGACCGCAGGUAAGGUAAAGGUAAAUUAGAUCAGCCCAUAGCUCGUUGAGCCGUCGAAUGAUCUGCUCCAACUUUCUAUAUAAGGUGCUGCCAGUUCCCUCUCAAUCUCAACUUUUUCCCAUCAUCAUUCAUCACCUUCAAACUUCAACACCAACAACAGUCAACAACCAAACCACUACAAACUACAAACUACCAAACCUUCAAAAUGGAUAAGAUUCAGAACGCCGCCAACUACGUCUCUGACACCGUCAAGGGAGCUACCAGCACUGCUUCCAAGGAGACCAACAAGCAGGUCGCCAAGGAUGGCAACGCAGACUUCACCACCCGUGCAUCCGCCGCCAAGGACGCAGUCGGUGACAAGUUUGACGAGACGAAGCACAACACUUCUGCCGACGUCAACAAGGAGUCAUUCAAGCACUAAGGUGCUACCCCCUCCACCAACUCCGCCUCUAUAUGAUCUAUACGAUGAGAUGAGAUGAACGGGGGGUUAUGAUCACAGGGCGUCUUUGGAACAGAUAUGGCUGUUUCAUUUGUCGACUGGGCAUGGAGAGAUGGAUUUGAUAUUCCCUUGAAAGAUUCAAAAAUCCUCGGCUGGCUUUAUAAUACCCCUUAUGAUAGCUUAGAAUCGAAGCCGCUAUUCAUCGCCAA